GCCCUGUAACGUGUAACAUUCUCUGACACAUUGAACAAAUCUUCCAGUUUUAUGAUAUCACAAGUUUUUAUCUCUGGGAUUUUCAAAAGUCUCUCCUGGGUUUUAUAUACCGUCUCUGGAUUUUGUGGAGCUCAUGGCGGUUUUGCAGAUUCAGCAGUUUAAUGGAUUCGUUAAUUGCGAAUCGAGGGCUCGCACAAACCGAGGAAGAGGGAGAGCUUCGACGACAGUGUGCGUUCAAACACAAGUGGCUCCCUCUAGAACGCAGAGGAUAAUGGAGAAUAUAUCAGUUGGUGGAGAAGCCGGAGGUGCUGGUGGUGCUUACUCUUACAACGCCUUGAAGAGACUUGACAACAUUUGGUCCAACAUAUGCACUCAACCAACAGGACCGCAAGAAACCCAGAAAAUAGUUUCCAGGGUUUCUGGUUUCUCUCAAGACUAUGGUAUGGGGAAUAAUCUCGUUGGAACCUUUGACAUAGCUGUUUGUGGGGGUACUUUGGGGAUCUUCCUCGCCACAGCUUUAUGUGCAAAGGGUUUAAGAGUUGCUGUGGUGGAGAGAAAUGCAAUCAAAGGGAGAGAUCAAGAAUGGAACAUCUCAAGAAAAGAGAUGAAGGAGCUGAUCGAAGUCGGAGUUUUAACAGAAGAGGAGGUCGAAGAAGUAAUUGCUGCAAAGUUCAAUCCGAACAGAUGUGGAUUUGAGAAUCUUGGUGAUAUAUGGGUUCAAGAUAUUCUUAAUCUCGGCGUUUCCCCAGCUAAACUUGUGGAGACUGUGAAACGACGUUUCAUCUCUCUUGGUGGAGUUAUUUUAGAAGACUGCAGCCUCUCGAGCAUCCUUAUCUACGAUGAUUUAGCUGUUAUGCAACUUUCUAAAGGUGACAUAUUAUCUUCUCGUCUGGUCAUCGAUGCAAUGGGAAAUUUUUCUCCUAUUCUCAAGCAGAUUAAAGGUGGUAGAAAGCCAGAUGGAAUGUGCCUUGUUGUUGGAUCUUGUGCUCAUGGGUUUAAGGAGAACUCAUCCAGCGAUGUGAUUUACAGUAGUUCAUCGGUGACUAAAGUCGCAGAUUCCAAUGUACAACUCUUUUGGGAGGCCUUCCCUGCUGGUUCUGGUCCAUUAGAUCGGACUACGUACAUGUUCACUUACACUGAACCUCAAUCAACAUCUCCGAGUUUAGAGGAUUUACUUGAAGAAUACUGGAAACUGAUGCCGAAAUACCAAGGAGUCUCUCUUGAUGAAUUGGAAAUACUGAGAGUUGUAUACGGAAUCUUUCCUACAUACCGAAAUAGUCCUUUACAAGCCGCAUUUGAUCGUGUUUUACAGUUUGGUGAUGCUAGUGGUAUUCAGUCACCUGUUUCAUUUGGGGGUUUUGGAAGUUUGACCAGACACCUUGAAAGAUUGUCCAAUGGAAUCUAUGAGGCAAUAGAUGGAGAUUUACUGGACUCGGACAGCUUAUCAAAGCUAAAUCCUUACAUGCCCAACUUGAGCGCUUCAUGGCUGUUUCAAAGAGCAAUGUCUGCAAAGCAACAACCCGAUGUUUCCCCUGGCUUCAUCAACGAGCUUCUCCAUGUAAAUUUCAGUUGCAUGCAGAGAUUGGGCGAUCCGGUUCUUAGACCAUUUCUUCAGGAUAUAAUACAGUUUGGUCCACUAGCGAAGACAUUAGGCCUUGUUAUGCUGACCAAACCUCAGAUAAUUCCAUCGAUAUUCAGACAGGUGGGGAUACCUGUUCUGCUCGAUUGGUCAGUUCAUUUUUUUAUGCUGGGAUUGUAUACAUUCCUUUCUGCAUACAUCGAUCCAGUAAUAAGGCCAGCUUUGGAAGAGCAGCCAUUAAAGACGAAGUUCCAGUGGAAGAGACGACUUGAGGCCUGGAGAUAUGGAGCUGGCCUCGAUUACGAGUUGUGAUGUCCAUCUUUCUCAAGAGUGAUACCCUCAUCAACACUGGCUAUUGAGCUUCGAUUUCCAGCUUUUUGAAAUAUUAGAAAAAUUAUCUUCUUGAUGCCAUUUCUGAUUCAAAAGUUUAUUGUAUCGUCUUUCCUCCAUAGUAUAUAUCUAUCUUCACAAACUUCAUAAAUGGCACACUGGCUAUCAAAGUAACAAAUGUAUGUUGACUAGGAAAGUAGAAAUUUCUCCAAAUGGCCAAUGAACGGAAGAAUGGUGAGUCUUUCAAACCGAAGGAAGAUGCAGCAGCACCACAUGAGUCACAUCAGAUCGAAAACAUAGUCUUAGUUGGGCGUAGAGGGAACGGAACAGGGAACAGCGUACUCAGAGAAAAAGCGUUCAUCCUGUAAACAAAGAUUCAAUUAUCGAUGAAAGAUACUAUUCAGCUAAUCAUUGAACAUCAACAUUACCAGAACCCUCAAGAGUGACUAAAAUAUCACUAAGUGACUAAUUAUCAAAGCAACAUCCUUAAAUGGUCAAGCCCUGUGGUUCUAAUUAUCAAAGCAACAUCCUUAAAUGGUCAAGCCCUGUGGUUCUUUCUUUACUGUCGUGAACUACACUUAAUUAAGCCCGCUUGUCUUUUUGGACAACAUACCAACUUGGGCGCAUCAUGAUGGCUGUUUCAAAGAGAAAUGUCUGACAAGCAACAAUCGUAUGUUUCCCCUGGCUUCAUCAACGAGCUCCUCCAUAUAAAUUUCAGUAGCGUGCCGGUAUGUUACACACAAUGGUCGCUUGAUCGAUACCAAAUGAUCUUAAUCCAAAAGAAACGUCCGAUACAUACCUCACCCCAACUCUCUCAGGAAUCUUUCUGCCUCGACGUAAACGAUUUUAACUACCAACAGGUAGAUCUCAGGGUUUACCAGCUCAAACAUAUCUUAGUUUCAAGGUCGUGUUCUAAGUCUCAGGUGAAUGCAUGCUUCCAACGAGUGCAGUAUAAACCUUAUUAUCUAUUGUAUACCCUUUCCUUUUCAUCUCAUCGUACAAUCCAAAAGCUUCGUCUGAUUUUCCAGCCUUGGACAAACCCGAGAUCAUCACCGUGUAUGUCACAGAACUCUGGUCCAAACCCUUGGACCUCAUCUCGCUAAAUAGCCUCACUGCUUCGUCCACGUUAUCAGCAAUACACUCCCCGUGCAUGAGCGACGUGUAGGUAUAUGCAUCCGGAUCCAUCCCUUUUGCUUCCAUGCUGGCCCUAAGUUUACGGGCUUCCUUAACUUUCCCUUGCUUGCAGUACGCAUAGAUCAUCACAUUGUACGUGAUAUCGUUGGGCUCUGCUCCCUUGCUGCUCAUCUCCACAAACAGCCUCUUUGCCUCCUCGACGUUCCCUUCUUUGCAGUAAACAUCGAUCAAAUUAGUAUAACUAACAGUGUUAAGCCUCACACCACCUUCCAUCAUCCUGAACAGCCAUUGCUUUGCCUCGUCGUACCUUUUUAGUCUACUCAAACAGCUAGCGAUGGUGUUAAAAGUGUAAACAUCAGCUUCAAACCCUUUCUUCUCCAUCACAUCGUAAAUCGUUAAAGCUUCAUCAAUCAUCCCUUUCCUGCAAUACCCAUUGAUCAAUGUAUUGAAUACAACCUGAGUGAUGUUCACUCCUCGGCUUUGCAUCUCGUUCAUCAGUAUCUCAGCGGCACCCAUUUCCCCUACUUUACACACCCCGUCGAUAAGCGCACCGUAGGUGUGGCUACUCGGCGAAAGACCUUUCUCUGUCAAUUCAUCAAACAACAAAAACGCUCUUUUCAUAUUUCCCUUUUUGCAAUGCCAACUUAUCAGAGAAGUAUACGAAUGGAUAUCGGAUUCUAUUCCUCUCUCACGCAUUUCAUCGAACAGUUUCUCGGCAUCAACCAUUUUCCCAUUCUUGAUGCCCAGUUCCAUCAAAAGCGUAUACGUAGCCUUGUUAUACGCAACACCAUUCUUCUUCAUCAGCUUCAAAAUCUCUUCUACGCCGGAGAAGUCUCUCUGUUUAACGUAAGCAUUGAUGAUGGUGUUGUAAGUAUAAGCUUCGGGUUUGAUUCCUUUACCAGAGAACUCUUUUAUCAGUUUCCUGCUCUUUUCAACUUCGCCUCUUCUGCAUAAUCCUUCCACCACAAUCGUCAAUGAGUAAACAGUUAUCUUCACUCCAGAAUCAACCAUUCGCCUGAAAAUGCUCAAACAGAGAUCAAUUCUCCGGCGUUUCUUCGCCGCCACCAGAAAAACAAUGCAGGAUCUCUCGUCGAUUUUCAAACCCUUAUCGACCAUGUAAUCGAAAACCUUUAAACCCUCUUCGAACAUUCCGUUAUCCACAUAAACCCUAAACAUCAAAUCGAAAACAGUCUCCGAAAAUUCAAGCUUUUCUUCGGAAACGCCACAAUCCGCCAUCGCCGAUCCUAAAAUCUCAACCGGACGCCCGUAAAACCCGUCGGAAGCAACCGAAUUCAGAAGAGACUUCAUCUCGUGGAACCUCCGGUCGGAAUACAGGCGGUGAGCUAAGGUAACGACCGCCGUGAGAUCGGGUUUGAGACGGGAUUCGAAUGAGCGGAGAAACUUGAAGAAAUCGAUGCACGAUUGGGUACGAAGAGUGGGCUCCGAUAGAACGAGGCGGGUUACAUUCGAAUUCAGGUUGAAGAGAAGCGACGGAUCCGAUUGGAGUUUCCCGAUGCUGGAUUUCUCAAGGCACGCCGUGAUUCUUAUGGCGGAUUCUCUAUCUGAAAUCAAAACCGGAAAAGAUCUCUGCUUCGGAGAUAAGACGUUGAAGAGUCGCGAGAGUUUAGCAGAAGACAUGCUUCCUGUUUCUUUGUUCACGCGGAAGAUUCAAACUCUACUCUUCUCUUCACUAACCUUCUC